ACACCUUCAAAUACCGCAAUGGCACUCAACAUUGGACACGUCUUUCUGGUCACCAUGCUGGCCGCGGUCUGCGGCGCGGAGACGAUUCAGCUGCAGCCAACGCAAGGCAUCCUGAUCCCGGCUCCGUUGGCUGAGAACAUUCGCGUAUCGCGUGCUGCCUAUGGUGGCUAUGGAGCUCCAGCUGCCGCACCCGCCUAUGCCGCUCCAGCUGCUCCGUCUUACGCUGCACCAGCCUAUUCCGCACCGGCACCCGCUGCUCAAGCCUACGCUGCGCCCGCUGCUCCCGCCUACUCUGCGCCCGCUGCUCCCGCUUACUCUGCACCCGCCGCUCCCGCUGCGCCAGCCUAUGCCGCUCCAGCACCGGCUGCACCCACCGCCUACUCAGCACCCGCCUCCGUUCCAUCCCCGCCCUGCCCCAAGAACUACCUGUUCAGCUGCCAACCCUCACUGCAGCCCGUACCCUGCUCUGCGCCAGCCCAAUCCUACGGCUCCGCCGGUGCCUACUCCCAGUACGUGCCCCAAUACACUGUGCCCUUUGUGCGUGAAUUGCUCUAAACGCAAUAAUUGAUCGUCAUUUGGCUUACCUGAUCCAAUAAACUGAAAAUAUUAAGAGAAAAAAAUGCAUUAUUUUUUUAGUUUUCAUAUUUCUUGGGUUAUGGUUAUGGUUAUGAAUGAUUAGCAUAAUAAGUCUGGGAUCUAUUUUCUGAACAAAUUGGAUUUUCACAAAUUUAUAAAGUCUUCAAAAGAAGACUAAAUCUUGGGACAAUUGAAUCUAUGUAAAUAUACGAUUAUGAUAGAUU